AUGCCGCCAAAACGCACUCACAACCCCGACGACGUCCACCCGUCGCUCAAGGACAAACUGCACACGCUCCAGGCCUCAAACUCUCGCGGCGGUCGUCGCAACGGCGCGACCAGCGUCAUGAACGGCAGCGGUCUCAAGGAAGUAGACAAUGCGUCUACCAACAGUGGUAACACCUCGGUCGACCUCAGCUCCUCAGGCAAUAUCAAAUGGUCAGCCCAGGAUUCGUCUGUGCUCCACGGCUACCGACGAGCCCAUCGCCUCGACUGCCCGUCGAGCUUCAAGAACCCCCUCAGCCACGUCGUUUUGAACCAAGGGAUCGGAACAAUGUCCCCGACUAUGGCGCGGCCCAAGUCGAAGCGCCGCGUACACAAGGACCAGUUGGGGCUGGCAGUCAAGAAGAGCUUCAAUUCGCAGGCCGUCACCGAGAGUGACGUGAUUGUCGACUGGCUGUACAAGUCAAAACACCAAGACAAAGAAUUUAGAGUACGAUUCGCCCCUUACAGGAAAUGACUGGGCCACUCCGCACACGCAUAGUACUGCAUUUUUGCCUUUUUUUUCUUUCGACGAUACCCCCUCUUUGGCGCGCGGUCGCCUCCGAUCUUUAUACACAUUUUAUGGGAUAUGAGCAUUCAAUAGGCGUUUGGAAUACCGGGCAUCUUAUGACUAGGGAAAGAGGUGUUACGCAUUGCGGGCUGUACCGGGGCUGUGGACGAUUACGGUACAGGCUUGCACAUAUACAGCGCAAUCCGAUAUGUAUAGAUACGAGCAUUGUGGAUAACGAGCAUUUGGAUAUUGUCAAGGUUCGGUUCUGCGCUGGAUGGUGCCUGUAUAUAGCGGGUCGCUGAGGUCUGGACGUGGUGUGCUCUCCAUGUGCAGCCUGAGUGCAUACAUGGUGGUAGUGGCAGCAGUAAAGACCUCUUUUGCGCAGAGAUGCAGGCUUGCAGUAGCGCAUCGACC